UGACCCACCAAGGCUUCUGUAGUCGCUCCCGCCAGCUGGGAAGAUUUUUUAGUCACACAGCCUAUAGUGAAGUUAUCCUGUGUGUGUGCGUCCCAGCUCUUAUCAUUUUGCUUACCCGCGGAGCCUGUGCCUUGUCUGAGAAAUGUAAGGUGCGCUGAUAUUCGAGACUGCUUGGUAAUGAUGGCGGCUCACUGGGAGAGUUUCUUAGCAGUGGCUGGGGUCGUUCUGCCCCGCUAGAAUGAAGUGAAAGCCAAUUGCCAGCCUCCAGCCUGUUUGUUUGCCUGCAGAUACCUGAGGUGCUACAUGUAUGUAGCAAGGCUCGGAAGCAAGGGGGCGGGGACGUUUGCCCGUUCUUAUAUUCAGCAGUAAGAAGGAGGAAAGGUGGCAAGCUGUCAGGAUGGGCCUGCUGGAGAGACUGAGGAAAGAAUGGUUUAUCGUCGGAAUUAUCUUGGUUAUCGCAGCUGCUAAACUGGAACCUACCAUAGGAGGCAAAGGGGGGCCACUGAAGCCAGAAAUUACCAUCACUUAUAUUGCGGUGUCUGCUAUAUUCUUUAACAGUGGACUCUCCUUAAAAACAGAGGAACUGACCAAUGCUUUGAUGCAUGUAAAGCUUCACCUGUUUGUCCAGCUUUUUACGCUCGUCUUCUUCCCCACAGCAAUAUGGGUUUUCCUUCAAGUUCUGUCUCUUACUCCCAUAAAUGAAUGGCUUUUAAAGGGUUUGCAGACAGUAAGCUGUAUGCCUCCUCCUGUUUCAUCAGCUGUGAUCUUGACCAAAGCAGUCGGUGGUAAUGAGGCUGCCGCUAUUUUCAACUCUGCAUUUGGAAGUUUCUUGAUUUUAUAAAGGCGUCACUUGGAGUUGUCUGUCUAAGCUUCUGUCGUCUUGGAAAAGACCUUCUUUUUUGUUAUCUGUUAAUGAGUAGCAAGAAAGGGUUAUAGUCCGUGGGUGCGUCUGGUAUUAUUGGGGUCAUGACUAGCUCAAUGGCUUGUAAUGAAACUCUUCAUAGCAAAACCAUAAAUCUAUGCCAGCUGCUUUAUUCCCCCUGUAUUAAGCACAACUGUGCAAAAUAUUGUGAUAGUAUAGUGGCAUUUUAACUUAGUCUUUUUUUUUGUUCUGUCACUUCUGUUUAUUAUAUUAUAAGUGACUUAAAUCCUCCUAAAUUGGAUAAAUGAAAAUAAUAGUGUAACUGAAUGCUAACCAAUUCUAUUAGAGCCACCAGGUUUUCUUUGUGGAGGAAACUAUUUUUGUACUCUGAUUACAGGACUAAAAACCAGUUUAGACUAGGUUUCUUGUAUGGUGCAAUCAAGAAAAUCUAGCGAUAUCUAUCAUAUUUCCCAUUUUUCUGUUUUCUGUUCAUAGAUGAAUAUAGGUAUGGCAGUUGAUGGUAAAAAUGAUACCUGAUAGCAAUGUUAUUGAUAGGAAGGAUAGGAAAUACAUGUGACUUUUUAUUUCAUUGUUUUUCUUAAUUAUAACAUACAUGUCCUCAUUGUUUGUUGGAGUAGUUAUUAGAAACCACAAAACACUGACAGCCACCGUUCCACAGUAGCAUGCUUUUAUCCUGUAAAACUUGCUUAUGUUCAUAAAAAGACAAAUAAUGCAGGUUCUUGUGUGUUUUUUUCCACCCUCUGCUUUUCUUUGUUUUAAUUUUGAAACGUUGUGAUAUGUGCGCUGCCGCAUUGCUUAGAAUAUAGUAUGUAUUAUGCAAACAAGAAAAUUGAAAUAAAAUAAGUCAUAAAAGGCCAAACUCAUGUGUCAGCUUUUGCAGUAUUGCAUUUUAUUUAAAUAAAACUGAUUUAGCAAGCGGCAUUCUAUGUAAUUUCUUUAGUUAUAUGUCAAUAUACCUUCAUUAAAGCUUGUGUCAGCAAUACUA